AUCUCAGGAUGGCAGUUUCAGACGUCACCACCAACCAUACAAUGCAUUGUGGAGAAAGCUUUAAUUCGAGCUACGAAGCUUGAACGUAAAGAUCUUUUGUUAGUUGGUGCUAGUAGGACUGAUACAGGAGUUCAUGCUUGGGGUCAGGUGGCGCACUUCAUUACACCUUUCAAUUAUGACAGCUUGGACAGCAUUCAUGCAGCUCUAAAUGGUCUUCUUCCUUCUGAUAUCCGUGUUAGGGAGAUUAGCCCUGCUGUGCCGGAAUUCCAUGCCCGGUUUUCAGCAAAGAGCAAGGUUUACCACUACAAGAUUUAUAAUGACGCCGUCAUUGAUCCAUUUCAGCGCCAUUACGCUUACCAUAGUGUUUAUAAACUGAACACUGCUUUCAUGAGAGAAGCUGCAAAGCAUUUUAUUGGAAAGCAUGAUUUUUCUGCAUUUGUCAAUGCAUCACGCAAUGAUUGUGUGCCAAAUCCUGUGAAAACUAUAUUUCGCUUUGAUGUUAUUGAAAUGGGAGCUCUUUUGCAGCUAGAAGUUGAAGGCUCGGGUUUCUUAUAUAGACAAGUGCGAAACAUGGUUGCUUUGCUGCUUCAAAUUGGAAAAGAAGCAAUUCCUCCUGAUAUUGUUCCGAAGAUUCUGGCAACUCGAGAUCGCAGGGAGCUUGCUAAAUAUGCUUUGUCUGCCCCACCUCAUGGACUCUGUCUUGUAGCCGUUAAUUAUAAUGAAGAGCACCUACGGCUUCCGGCAGGUUGCCCCACAGCUAGUUUUGGUAGGCGUCAUAGUAUAAGCAAAUGUAAGCUUCCGUUCUAUUAGCUAAUUGUGUUGUUCAGUACCAAAAGUAACUGAAAAGGGGGGAGUAGGAAAAUAUAAUCCAAUUGAAAAUAACAGAGUAGAGAUCAUCCUUGUUGGAGAUUAAAAUAUGCUGUUGUAUGAACACUUAAAUUUCAAUGU